UUCUCAGUGUAUUGUGCGUGCUGCUUGUGAUGUGUCAUGCCCUAUUUAACCCACUGGUACAUGACAGCUCAAACAAUAAACUCUCAAACCUAAAGUUUUACUUUUUUUAUUCUUUUUAUGAUCAUGUGUUUUCUUAUGAUUAUUAAAAAUGUUCAUAGAAGCCAGGGUUUUGUUCCUGAAGCUAUAAAAGUGACUUGCUUUAUUAACAGCUAAUCCUUUCCCUUGUCUGUUUGGUCUACAAUCUACUUCUGUCUGAUUGAUGGAGUAUAAGAUGAAAUUUAACAACAUGAACUGCUAGUAACCUAAAACAAACAAAAACUAAGUUUAAUGGUAGCUGAGAACAGAUUUUUUCUUUAAAAUCUAGGAACCAAGGUGUUAUCCCAGCAGUUGGUCUAUAACUUAUAUAUCUAGUAGCGCUGUUUCCCACAGUUGAACCUAUUAGUACUAUUUAUUACAUUACGUUUGUGCAGAAACAGUUACAUUCUAACAAUAUACUGAUUUAAUUAUUUUUUAAUAACAUUUUGCCUUGGUUACUAGAAUCUACUACAGCCUAAAUAAUGUUUAAUGUUUCAUUUUGAAAUUUAUUUUACAUCGAAAAUUCUAUAUGUAACUUAUUUUUACAAAUAUUUUCCUGGCAUACUAAAUUCACGUUACCUUCACCUUUUUGAACUAGAUCGAGUUUUGCUUCGCGGAAAUGUCACAUUAUUACAAAAAGAACGGUCUCUCAAUGUCAUUACUCAUUUUCUAACUAACUGUAUGGGAAAUUUGCAGUUAGAUUUAAUUAAAUUGCCCAUUGAUUUUAAUUCAUUUAAUCGCUGUAAAUUGUUCAUGUAGCGAAACAGAAAGUAAAAACUUUUUUUUCUUGGAAAUGCUUAGUUUUGUUUCUUAGAAUUUCACGCAAAAUCUGAUACCAAUUUUUAGAAAUACAUCCUAAACAAUUCGUGAGUUACCAACAUGAACAUGUCAGUCGAAGAAUCUGAUAGAGCAAAAAUGAAUACAAUUCCUAAAGAAGGAUCGCUCACUCAUUCGCAAGCGAUAGGCAGAAACGGAGUAGUACAAAUAUCAAAUGUACAAGAAUCUGGUGGUGCAAAAAUGAACACUAUGCCUAAAGAAGGAGAGCCUACCCAUUCUCAAACAACAAUUGUGGGCAGUAAUGGAGUAGUUCAAGCACUAUUAACUGAUCUUUAUCAAAUAACCAUGGCCUAUGCCUAUUGGAAAAGUGGCAAAAUGAACGAUCCAUCUGUUUUUGACCUGUACUUUCGUAAAAAUCCGUUCCAAGGAGAGUUCACUAUUUUUGCAGGAUUAGAGGAAUGUGUUAAGUUGCUGCAGUGCUUUCAUUUUUCUGAAAGUGAUAUCAGCUAUCUGAAAACAGCCCUUCCUCAAAAUACAGACCCAGAGUUUUAUGUAUAUCUUAAAAAUUUGUCAGCUAGAGACGUAACUCUAUCUGGUGUUCCCGAAGGAGAAGUUGUGUUUCCUAAAGUUCCUUUACUCACAGUCAAAGGUCCACUAGCAGUUGUUCAGCUUUUAGAGACCCCACUUUUGAAUCUUGUUAACUAUGCUAGCUUGGUAGCUACAAAUGCUGCCAGAUUUAGGAUAGCAGCUGGACCUGAUACCACACUGCUUGAGUUUGGCUUGAGGAGAGCACAAGGACCAGACGGUGGAUUGUCAGCUUCUCGUUAUUGCUAUUUAGGGGGUUUUGAUGGUACUAGCAAUGUUUUAGCAGGGAAAAUGUUUGGCAUCCCAGUGAAAGGAACACAUGCACAUGCUUUUGUUACUUCAUUUAUCAACCUUUCAGAUGUUAAAACAAGGACACUGAAGUCACUAGAUGGAACCAAAGAAAUCGACUUUGUGGACUUGUGUUUAAAGUACCAAAUUGAGCUAACAUCUGUCAUAAAUUUCCUCCCAGAUCAGGUGAUGGAGGGAGAACUGGCAGCAUUCAUUUCUUAUGCUCUGGCUUUUCCUGAAAGUUUUCUAGCUUUAAUUGACACCUAUGAUGUCAUCAGGAGUGGCCUCCCUAACUUCUGCACUGUUGCCAUGGCUUUAAAUGACCUGGGCUACCAGGCCAAAGGUAUUCGCUUGGACAGUGGUGAUCUUUCAUAUUUGUCGAAGCUGGUACAAAAGAACUUUGUCAAAGUGGCUAAUUACUACAAGUUGCCAUGGUUCGAAAACAUGACAAUAGUUGCCAGUAAUGACAUCAAUGAAGAUACAAUACAUUCCUUAAAUCAGCAGGGGCACAACAUAAACUGCUAUGGGAUUGGUACUCACCUUGUCACUUGUCAAAAGCAGCCAGCCCUGGGGUGUGUGUUUAAAUUAGUCCAGAUAAACACCAAAGCAAGGAUAAAGCUGAGUGAAGAUGUUGAGAAGGUGACUAUACCUGGCCUGAAAAAUGUCUACAGGCUGUUUGGAUCUGAUGGCACAGCAUUAGUUGAUUUACUUCAAGAGUCAUCAGAACCUCCUCCUAAAAUGGGGGAAAGGGUUUUAUGUCGCCAUCCUAUUCAGGAAUCUAAAAGAGCAUAUGUGAUACCAGCGUCAGUCAGAUGUUUACAUGAAAUUUGGUGGAAAGACGGAAAGGUUGUCAGAUAUCUUCCCAGUCUAACUGAAUUGCGGGAAAAAGCUAAACAAUCCUUAUCCACCAUAAGGCAGGACCAUAAGAGAACUUUGAACCCUACACCUUACAAGGUAUCAGUAAGCUCAUCUCUAUACACAUUCAUCCAUGAGCUCUGGCUAGAGAGUGCACCUAUAGGAGAACUAUAUUAAAUAGGGCAUAUUCAUUUGUCAUUUUGUUUCGUUCCUUAAGUUUUAGCAUGUAACACUUUUUAUGUAACUAAGGGCUUCUUGUAGUUUUUUAUACAUUUUUAUACUACUCUGAAGUUUUAUUAUGUUUGAUAUAUUAACCAGCUUACUAGUCCCUACUACCUUUUGCUCUUACAGCAAUGUGCACAAAUAUAUUAUAAUAAAUAUUUUUUUAAUGGAUGCAAUACAAAUAUAUUUGAAAUUGAGUUUGAAAAUACUUUUUACCUUUUAUUUUUAAACUUUUAAGGGACUAAAUGCUGCAUGGUGGUCUUAUAAUAAUUUCAAAGAUGGAUUCAUUAGAUCUAAUUGUCUUGUUAAAGUAACUUUCCCAAAUAUCUUUUUUUUUUUUUUGCUACCCCAUCAUAAUAGCUUUCUGAUAUUUCAGAGGGUACUUUUAACAAUAAAAAAGUAGUAGUUUGAGAUGUCAUUGUGAUAUUGGUUCUUUUAAGUCGUUAUAGAGGUAGAUAUUCUGUGAAGACACAUCAAUCAUCGCUUACCUGGUUUUUGUAAGUGAACACAUUCAUUUCUUAUUCCAACACAAUGGAUUUUUAAAAAGAUACAAGUAAAGGGCAUCAAAUAUCAUCUAUACAUAAUAUACAUUAACUGUUAACAUUUCAUUUGAUGCAAGUUCGAUGCACAUUUAAUGCUUAAAAUUCCUUACAUAAUAAAAAAAAAACAACAUAAUUUAAAUUAACCAUUUCUUGCUGCUGUUCCUCAAUAGCUGUUUUAAUACUGGCUUAAUAUUUCUUAAAAUAUUUUGUAUUCUUUAAAAUCAAUAGUCAAAACAGAGGUAAACAAACCACCAUGAGCCCCAAGUCUUAAAAUCCUUUUCAUCUUGUCAAACUAGUAAUAAGUUGACUUUAAAAAAAAUCCUUGUUGCAAUAAACCUAAUUUUUAAAAACAAUGUAUUUCAAUAUCCACAUAACUUCCCCCAACCCAGUAUUAACUAUGUUUCAGAUUUAAUAGUAAAGACAUAAUAAUCACAAUUGAAAAUCUCUUAUUUGAAUAAUACUUUUCUUUUAGAUAUAUUUAAAGCUGUUGUCUUCUGUUGACAAACUACCCUACUUAAAACAUUUACCUUUGCUGUUUCUAAAUAUUAGUGAAAAAAAUGUUACCUAAUUGAAUUAUAAACAGUUUUCAAUACCUGAAUUGCUAGUCAUGUCAUCAAGUUGGAAACAAUAAAUUUUAGUAAUAACUCUAUAAAGAUAUAAUUUUACUUUCUUUGUUUGUUGUCACAGAUUUUUUUCUUUCAGAAUUUUUAUUCAUAAACCUUUUUUUCAUUCUGAUAUUUAUUUUUUAAAAAUGUGUUCAUUUUUUUCUGCUGUUCAAAAAUCCAUAUUGUGUUUUUUUCCUGGGUAUUUUUAUUUAUGCGUAACAUAUUUUUAUUUUUGCUUUGAUUUAAUUUACAAAGAUCUGUCUAGAGGGGCAUACAGCUGAUUGCUCUUGUUUUAUGAGGGCAUUGUAAGUUUUAUGCCAGAAUCUCCUCGGUAAUGAUACACCUUUGUAAACCAUUUUGUUUCUUGUUUGAUCUGAGCCAGGGUAGACCAGAUGGCUGAUCAUCUGAAAAAUAUCAUGGUGAUGGUCAAAUCACAGAUCUUAAAGUUAAAUUAAUUCUAUUGCAUAUUAAUUUAUUCGUUAAAAUAAUGUCAACACCAGUAAAAUAAUCAAACAAUGUUCCGGAUUGAUAAAUAUUUCUGUACCAGAAAUGUUUAAUAUCACCAACGUUGAUUGUAUUGUGGUUAAAAUAUUUAAACAAAUAACGAACCUCUUUUACACAUUAACUUU